UUCCGUCAAAGUCCCGAUGACGCACAUGACACGGGAAGCACUGGAGCGUCUUCCGGAAACUUAAAGUCAGAGAGUAGCUCAAUGUGACAUUUCGGAGCGGUUAUUUCUGAACUGUUAUAGAAGAAUAAGAAUGUUUCUCACUACAGUAAACCUUGCCAAGAGCAAAUCUAAGACAUUGCUGGUUCAGAUGGUGAGUGCGGCGGGCACAGGUUAUUGUUUUAACACGAAGAGGGGCCGAUUGAGGGACAAACUGGUUUUGCGAAAGCAUGACCCUAUAGUGAACAAACAUGUUCUGUUCAUUGAGAAGAGGAAGAUACGUUCUCUUUAAAAAUGGGAGACUCUUUUGAUACAGACACUGAGAAAAUUGACUUUUUAAAGUGUUACUGGCAUAAAACAACUGCCACAGUGUGAUGGUCAACAUCCAACAUAUGAAAGUGUCACUAAACAACUAUGAAGGAAGAAGAUUUACAUCAAAGUAAAGGUUUUGCAUCACUGCAGCUGUGGAUGACUGGCCUAAUGAGACCAGAAAUCAGUUGUAUAUCUUGUCAGGAUAAUAUGUGUUGUGUUGGAUUU